CGCGCACUGUUUCAACUCCUCCUUCAAGAAGCCAUGGUGAAUCUCUCAUUAUACUCCAUCAAGGCAGUCGUACUGCUUGAUGCCGAAGGAAAUCGUGUUCUCGGAAAAUACUAUGGACAAGAUUACCCGAAUCUGAAAGAACAAAAGGCAUUUGAAAAGGGAUUGUUCGACAAAACCAAGCGUGCACAAGGCGAAGUUAUUUUGUACGAUAAUCAAGUUGUGCUGUAUCGCUCAAACAUUGAUAUAUUCUUUUACGUGGUUGGAUCCACCGAAGAGAACGAGCUGAUAUUAUUGAGCAUGCUUAAUGCAUUCUAUGACGCUGUUUCUACAUUGUUGAGAUUCCAAGUGGAAAAGCGAUCGGUGAUGGAUAAUUUGGAUCUAGUGGUGCUCUGUCUGGAUGAAACGGUGGACGCAGGGAUCAUUCUCGAGACAGACGCAAACGCCAUUGUUAGUCGAGUAUCCAAACCACGACUUGACAUGGUCGAUAUUCCUUUCAGUGAACAAACGCUGAUGCAAGCAUACCAAUCGGCCAGAGAUAGAUUCGCAAGCCAGUUGCUUAGAUAGACAAGCCAAUAGUAAUAAACAGCAGCACCUUGUGUCCCUUCUUUUUUUCUCUCUUCGAAUGUAUAUCUGACGAUAAUAUAAAUGCGGGCUGCUACUACGUCAAUCCAUCAGUGAGUAUAGUUUGGCGUUUUAAAAGUUGACGGCUUGUCACACGUAACAGCAGAUCAAAU